AUGGGCUUGAUCAACCUCAUGAUAUCAUCAGUAUUACUUACCCAAGGCGUCAAGUGGGGUGUUGGUAUGCACUUCGAGGAUAUGGUGUUAGACAACAUCCCGAAGGUUGCCGAGUUCUCAUAUGCUGCCGGGUUUGCAACUAUUCUAGGAACGGCUUGGAGCAAGACCUCGUUCGGCAUUACUCUUCUACGGAUCUCCGACGUUAUAUCAGACGUUCUGCUCUGCUCGGGAAUCAUGUCCUUCAUGAAGAUCAUCAAGCUGAACGAAAUCUCAGACGUGAGAGCAACCACGGUUGAUUUGAAGAUUCUCGGUAUCGCCGAGCUUGCCAUAACCAUCAUCGCCGUGUCUAUCCCCGUGCUUCGUGCAUUCAUCCGCAGGAGGUCCACGUCUGAGGGCAAAGCAAGUUUCGUCCAUAUGUCACAGCUACCGUCCAUUGACCGCGAGAUACGUGGGCAAAGGAAAAAGGCGGUUUCGACUCAAGCGAGAUUUAUAUUGAUGAAGCUCAACCUCGAAAAGCUGGAUCAAGCCCUGCACAAUUUCAUGUUUAAUCUAGCGACUUUUUCCUUCUAG